GAGCACCAACCCACACGAGCCGCAGACAGUCUCGUGGGAGUCGGGAAACUCGAGGUUCGGGGGAACCUCCUUGCAUUCAGGGCAGAUGAGAUGGGCCGAGAGGUUCUUCCUCCACGUCGAGGGCCCUUCCCUCACUCCAGGAGUUGCGGUCGCCAUGGUUGCAGCGUCGAGUUGAUCAAUAUGGAUCGUGAAAAACCUGUCGCUUCUCUAAGUCCUCGCGGGCAAAAAGGUGCUCGAAAACCUCGACAGAAGGGAGUGGCAAAUGUCAGGCUGCAGUGA